ACAAGAAAACAUUACUUUGUUUUCAACCAAGCGGUCACGACGCAUGCAGAGGGAAGAACUAAACCACAUUUCACUUUCACAGCCUUGGGAAAUUAAGAUCAGAAGUAGGCUAGAUAACUAGCGCAUAUGCCUAAACUAACGCUCAUCAGAUUGUGUUUCUGGCUUUGUCUGGCGGGAGCGGUGGUCUCCGGAGAUCAUAAAGUGGGAGGUGAGCUCGUGUUGACGCCGGACAAGUCCACAGUGUCUGACCCCAUCACAAGCAUCCUAUGGAAGCAUGGGAAGAACAAGGUGGCAGAGUGGGACAAGGAUUUUGGUGGUCUGGACAUCUAUGGUGCCUUCAAAGAGCGUACAACCCUGGACCAGACUACUGGAGAGCUGAGAAUCAGUGGAUUGAAGAAAACAGACAGUGGAGUUUAUUCUGUGGAGUUUAACAGCAAACUGCUUGACCAGACAUAUACACUGUCUGUUAUCAAGGCAGUCCCCAAACCCACAAUCACUUCUUCCUGUAACCCAGACAAAACCUCCUGCACUCUGACCUGUGAGGGCAACACCACUGAUGCUGAACCAGUCACCUACAGCUGGAAAGUGGGAGAGGGGGCAUGGCAGGACUUAGACAAACAGAUUAAUGUCAAUAAGAGUGACACUGGCAAAUCAACCAACAGUUACAAGUACAUCUGCAAAAUGAAAAACCCUGUUAGUGAAGAAGUCAGUGAUCCAAUUGGACAAGGGUUUGGUCAAAAGGCAGUCCCUAAACCCACAAUCACUUAUACCUGCAGCACAGACAACAUCUGCACUCUGACCUGUGAAGGCGACACCACUGAUGCUGAAUCCGUCACCUACAGCUGGAAAGUGGGGGAGGGGGCGUGGGAGGUCAUAGGAAAACAGCUGAUUGUCUCUAAGAGCGACACUGGCAAAUCAACCAACAGUUACAAGUACAUCUGCAAGCUGAAGAACUCUGCUGGAGAAGAGGAAGUCAGUGAUCCAGUUGGAUCGGUGUUUGGUCCAGAGCCUUCUGAAGUCGGUGGUGGUGGGAUUGUUGGUGUUGUCGUCAUUAUAGCCAUUGUAGCGCUUGUUGCCGUCAUAACAGUUUGGUUGGUGUGGAAGAAGAAAAAAGAAUAUCCCCAAGACACCUGGAUUGACUUUUUGAGAAAGUAUUGUGGUGGAAUGUGUGGGGUUCCGUUAACGCCCAACACCGAAACGGGGGAAGAUGGCGCAGACAAAGCUGGAAAGGGGCCGGGGAAUGAAGAAGCCAACCUGAUGAUGGAGUCGAAAGACCACCAAUAAAGAAUCCAGUGUUUUAGGAUGCUGGUGGUCUUCCUGGUGGGGUAACUGAGGAGCAGAAACAUGGGGUUUGAAGGCUCUCAGUACAUGACUCCAUAUCUGUUACAUUGAGACAAACGACCAAGAAGAGAGAAACAUGUUUGAACUGUUGGAGAUGUUUUUAAUGAAAUGUACAUUUAAAAUGAAGGAAAACAACAAGCAAAUAUUGCACAUAGGAACUUCCAUGCAGUCAGAUGAAGUAUAGUGAGCUACAACGUAUUGGCACAAUGAUAUCCUUUUGAUGUUUUGGCUCUGUACUCCAGCACUGUUCCCCGGGCGCCACAUACUUGGAUGUCGAUUAAGGCAGCCCCCGCACCUCUGAUUCAGAGGGGUUGGGUUAAAUGCUGAAGACUCAUUUCAGUUGAAGGCAUUCAGUGACUAGCUAUCCCCCUUUCCCUUUUGGAUUUGAAAUG